AUGCUGUGUAUACUACCAGACGAGCUCCUGCUCAUCACAGGUGUCACCGGCCACGUCGGCUUCGCCGUCCUCGUCCACGCCCUGAGGGCCGGCCACACCGUUCGCUGCGCCGUCCGCUCAGAGGCCAAGGCCGACUUCAUCCGCUCACGUCCUCAGAUCCGCGCCCUCUGCCUCCCCCGCGCCAGGCUCAACUUCACCAUCGUGCCGGAUAUCACCGCCGACGGCGCAUAUGACGACGCCAUCCGCGGCGUCUCCUCCGUCAUCCACGUCGCCUCUCCCAUCGCGACCGCCGACUCGGUGCCCCGCGAGCUGCACCAGGAGUACUUUAUCCAGCCCGCCGUCCGCGGCACCCUCGGCAUGCUCGAGGCCGCCAAGCGCGCCGGCACCGUCCGCCGCGUCGUCAUCACCAGCUCCAUCGCCGCCCUCGCGUCGGUGGACCAGAUGGAGGGCCGCGAGCGCCGCGCGAUACCCGUCCGGCCCGAAGAGCGGACGGGCUUCAAGCCCGAGCCGUACGAGAGCGAGUUCGCCGCCUACGCCGCAUCCAAGGUCGCCGCCCUCAAGGGCGCCGAGGCCUGGAUCGCCCGCGAGCAGCCCCGCUUCGACGUCGUCCACCUGCACCCGGCCUUCGUCAUCGGCCGCAACGACAUCGCCACCACGACCAACGAGGCCAUCAAGGGCACCAACGCCGUCAUCCUCGCCACCCUGCUCGGCAAGAAAUGGGGCUGCAGCUUCGCCGGCGCCACCGUCCACGUCGACGACGUCGCCCGCGCCCACGUCCAGGCCCUCCAGCCCUGCAUCCCGGGCAACCGGAGCUACAUCCUCAGCACCAAGGCGCGGUGGAACGACGCCAAGCUCAUCGCCAAGAGGAGCUUCCCCGAGGCCGUCGAGCGCAAGCUCGUCUGCAGCAGCGGCUCCGUCGGCACCGUCAAUAUCGACUUCGACGCCUCCGCCACCGAGGCCGUCUUCGGCUUCCGCCUGCAGGGCUUCGAAGACCAGGUCAGGAGCGUCGUCGGCCACUUUGUCGAGCUGCGCCUGAAGCGCCCGUCUUUCGCCUCUGUCGACUCCUCUCCCAUGAAGCACCUGAGGCCGGAGAUCGUCGCGGCAUAA